AUGUCUAAAGGAAAGGUUUGUUUAGCUUACUCAGGUGGCCUUGACACCUCAGUCAUCCUAGCUUGGUUGCUUGAACAAGGAUAUGAGGUCAUUGCUUUCUUGGCCAAUGUUGGUCAAGAGGAGGACUUCGAGGCUGCCCGUGAGAAGGCUCUUAAGAUUGGUGCUACUAAGUUUGUUGUUGAAGAUGUUCGUCGUGAAUUCGUUGAAGAGCUCUGUUUCCCCGCCGUCCAAACUAAUGCCAUCUAUGAGAAUGUCUAUCUUCUGGGUACCUCUUUGGCUCGUCCUGUUAUUGCUCGUGCUCAAAUCGCUGUUGCUGAGCGUGAGGGAUGUUUCGCCGUUUCUCACGGCUGUACUGGUAAGGGUAACGACCAGGUUCGUUUUGAGUUAGGCUUCUAUGCUCUCAAGCCCGAUGUCAAGGUCAUUGCUCCUUGGAGAGACCCUGAAUUCAUUAAGCGUUUCGCCGGUCGUAAGGAUUUGCUCGAUUACGCUGCCCAAAAGGGUAUUCCCGUCGCUCAAACUAAGGCCAAGCCCUGGUCUACUGAUGAAAAUCUGGCUCACAUUUCUUUUGAAGCUGGUAUUCUGGAGGACCCUGACACUACCCCACCCAAGGACAUGUGGAAGCUCACCGUUGACCCUACUGAUGCUCCCGAUACUCCUGAAGAUUUCACUGUCGAAUUCAAGAAGGGUCUUCCAGUUAAAAUCACAUAUGAGAAUGGUAAGACUGUUACUGAUGCCGUUGAGCUUUUCUUGACUGCUAACACCAUUGCUCGUCGUAACGGUGUUGGUCGUAUCGACAUUGUUGAGAACAGAUUCAUUGGUAUCAAGUCCCGUGGUUGUUAUGAGACACCUGGUCUGACUAUCUUGAGAACUGCUCAUAUUGAUCUUGAAGGUUUGGUUUUGGAUAGAGAGGUUCGUGCCAUUCGUGACACCUUUGUUACCCCUACCUUUGCCCGUAUUCUAUACAACGGUCUCUACUUCUCCCCCGAAGGUGAGUACACUCGUGCAUUGAUCAACCCAUCCCAAGUUACUGUUAAUGGUCAAGUUCGUGUCCGUGCUUACAAGGGUUCUUUGACUAUUUUGGGUCGUUCAUCUUCUACUGAGAAGCUGUAUGACGCUACUGAAGCUUCCAUGGACGAACUCACUGAUUUCGAUCCUACUGAUACCACUGGUUUUAUUGCCGUCCAAUCCAUUCGUAUCAAGAAGUACGGUGAGGCUAAGAUUGCCCGUGGUGAGAAGUUUUAG